CAAAGCAGCAGUUGACGUAAACGGCAGCGGUUUGCGACAUGUAACAAAAACACUUGACGGCAGUGUCAUGGCGGCGUUCGGAAGCAGCUUCGAGAGCUCAAGCAGCAUCGAGGAAAGAAGGGAAAAGAAACGACAGGCCAGACGAGAGGUGACGGAACAGGCCAAGCAGAAGUAUGAGAGAGAAGAGAGGAAGAAAGAGCUGAAGAGGCUGAGAGGGGAGGACACUUGGAUGCUGCCUGAGGUCAACCAGAGGCUGCAGGAGAUACAGGAUGAGGGUGGUUUGAAGAGCAAGAAGAAGAAGAAAGAGAAGAAAUCUAAGAAGAAAAAGGAGAAGAAGGCCAAGAAGGAGAAGAAGACAGUAGGAACAGGAGAUGGCUCCAGUAACAGCUCAGAGGACUCUGGGGAUGAUUGGGUUGAGGCUCAGCCUCAGAUACAAUCUGCUAAACCCUGGCAGGUUCCCGAUGAGUCCAAACCUUCAGAGAGCAGCCUCAGCCCAUCCCAGAAUGUUCAGAGAGAUGAAUGGAUGACCUUUGACUUCCUGGCGAUGAAGACCACAUCCACAGCAGAGAGGAGGGCUGAGAAGGAAAAGCAGAAAGAGGAGGAGCGGGCAAAGGCUCAGGCCAUUGAACAGGCUGGUUUACACAAACUGGAGUUAAAUCCAUACUGGAAGAAUGGAGGAACUGGCAUGCCCCCAGGGGUGACGGCUGGUACUGCAGUAAAGAAAGGCUCAGUCGUCAAUGAUGGAGGUCUGAGCUGGCUGAGGAAGAGCUACCAGAGGAUGAAGGAGCAGGCAGAGAGGGAGCAGCGCAGCGUCAAUGAUGUGGUGGCUGAGAGAUAUGGAUCAAUGGAAGAAUUUCAGCAGAGACUUGCCGAAGCUGAGGAAGCUGCAUAUGAACAGAAGAGAGGAGGAGGACGAGGAAGAGAAGGCCCAUCAAGAGACAGGUGGAGGGAAGGAGAGGCUGAGACCCGUGAGAGAUGGAGGAGAAAAGAGGGAGAUGCAGAAGAUGAAUGCCGGUGGAGAAAAAACGAAAGAGAAAGGGACUCAUCACCUCGAGACCAGGAGCGAUACCGUGCUGGGAGAGGAGAGGAGGGGGAGAGGGGAGCAUAUCGAGGGGGAGGGGAGGAACGACGUCGAGAUGGAGACAGGUAUAGAGAGAAGGACAGAGACCGAAACAGGGAUAGAGACAGAGAGGGGGAAAGGGAUGGAAGAAGAGACAGAGAGGGGGAAAGGGAUGGAAGAAGAGACAGGGAGAGGGACAGAGAGAGGGAAAGGGAUGGAAGAAGAGAUAGGGAGAGGGAUGUAGAUAGGGAAAGAAAUAGAGAAAGAGAUCAACCCAGUGCUUCAUCAUCAUCUUCGUCUUGGAGUCAAAGUUCCCUCUCACAAAGUUCACUAAAAGGUCACUUCCUCAAACCCUCAGAAGACGAUGACAGCGUUGAGGCCCCAGAGCGUCCUCCUUCAGCUCGGCCCACCACAGGCUUCCUGAAACCCAGCUCUGAUGAUGAAGACUCUGGUCCACUUAACGCUGGCGUUCCACACUGGAAGAAGAACAGCAAACCAGCCCCAGAAUCUGACAGCUCGGAAAAACCACAGCAGGAGAAAGAGAAGAUCUGUGAGAAAACUGUAGCUGCUCCUCAGGCUGGUGCAUGUGGUGACAAAGCUGCUGUGACAACAUCAAGAAUUGAGAGUGAAAGUGAGGAAGAAGAGGAGGAGGAAGAGGAGAUUCCUCUGCUGUCAGAGGAAGAGAUGAACAGACUGGCAAGCGAGUUGGUGAAGGCAGAGAUCAGGGGCAAAACGACUUUGGUUGAGAAGCUGAAAUCACAACUGGAGGCAGCACGGAAAGCCAAAGAAGACCACGUCGCCCGAAGGAAGCUACUGGACACGGCUAAAUCCAACCAGGUCCCAGGUCGCUCCACUGAAGAUCAGGAGGUCCUGCUGUUUAGAACAGAUCAGUCGGGUCGAGCCUGGCCAGUCAACGCUCCCUCUGGACCUCAGGAGCCCCAUGGAGGACGACGGAAAAAGAAACAGAUUGAGACCCAUGCUGAUGGACAGCGUGUGCGCUACUUCCAGGAUGAUGACAAUGUUGGUCUGAAGGAGAUGGUGAAGAGGGAGAAGAUGAGCUCAGCACAGGAUCAGAACGCCCUCUACUCCCGCAUGGCUGCCAAGAUGAUGGGAAAGACAGACGGCGACAACUACACCCUGGAUGACAUGUUUGUGUCGAGUGCAGCACAGCGGGAGGGCGAGGGGAUGGAGGAGGAGAGGAUGAGGAGCAGAGCCAUCGGGGAGAGUAGGAGGCUGGCAGCCUCUCUGGAGAAAUGUCACCACUGCUUCAGCAGCCAAGAGCUCCAGAAGCACCUCAUAGUGGCAAUUGGCAGCAAGGCGUACCUGAGCCUUCCUGCAGGAGUGUCGAUGACGGAGGGCCACUGUCUCAUCUGUCCCCUCCAGCAUCACUGCUCUGCCACCGGAUUGGACGAGGAUGUCUGGUCAGAAAUACAGCUGUUCCGGCGUACUUUGGUGCGUAUGUUUGAAUCCCAGGAGAUGGACUGCGUGUUCAUGGAAACACACAUGAACCCACGCAGAAGACAACACAUGGUCCUAGAGUGUAUCCCACUGCCCCGAGAGUUGGGUGAUAUGGCACCCAUAUAUUUUAAGAAAGCUAUCAUGGAGUGUGAUGAGGAAUGGGCCAUGAACAAGAAGGUGGUCGACCUCUCUUCAAAAGACGUCCGCCAUGCUGUUCCUCGAGGUCUGCCCUACUUUGCCGUAGACUUUGGACUCCAGGGAGGGUUUGCUCAUGUCAUAGAAAAUGAACAGAAGUUCCCUCAUUACUUUGGCAAGGAAGUGGUUGGAGGCAUGAUGGACCUGGAGCCGCGUCGUUGGAGGAAGUUGAUCAGAGAGAACUUUGACGAUCAAAGGAAGAAAGUGCUGCAGUUUGCACAGUGGUGGAAAUCGUUCGACUGCACCAAGACUGAGAGCUAAAUGAACACAGACAGAAAACUGUGCGUGUUUGAUUUGACUUGGAAAGACGACAAACUCACAGACGUACAAACUGUGCAGGCGUCAGUACAAUUUUAAAUGUAUUAUUGUGGGAACCUUUUUCUUAAAUAAAAAACAAAUUAAUUGA